UCUCAGAAAAAAAAAUUGUCUCUUCUUCUCUCUCCUUUUUCUCUGCUGAAACCGUAGGCCAACAAAGAGAUUGAAAUCCUUUUUUCGCAUCAUCUCAUCUUAACAAAGAAACCAAAUUUCCAUCUCCACAAAGGGUUGACCUUGAUCUCAAGCUCUCUGUUUUUUUUGCUUCUCGUAUCUGUUUGCUAUACAAAUCUUGACUUUGUGAUUUAGGUAAAGUGCACGAUCCCCAAGGACGAUGAACUCUUGUUGCCUACAUCGGGUUUACGGUUCAACACGACAAUGCUCGUGGACCCAUGAAAGGAGGAAGUAGAUAUCACCCCGAGGUUGAUCUCGAUGAAGUCAAUGCACUAGUUUAGCUCAUGAAUUGGAAGAUGGCUGUAGCUGACAUUCCAUACGGCGGAACAUCCGAACAUGGUGUCGUCUAUGCCACUGAAGCUGAAUACGGCAAAUCGAUUAGGGAGUUGACAUUUGUAGUUCAAGGUUUUGGGAAUGUUGGAACAUGGGCAGCCAAAUUGAUACACGAGGAAGGUGGAAAAGUGGUGUCACUUCUACCUCACUUAAAGAAGUGCAGGAAGCAUAAAGAUCUUUACCUGCUGAUGGUCAAGUCUCCUAGUGGAAUUUUAAGCUCACGUGAACAAAUACUUAGAAUGGUUGCGAAGUGCUUAGAGAUAUAGAGCUCCUCAAAAGCUGUAAUUAUUUAAUGAUCGGCCAAAGAAAAAGCAUAAAACAAAAGCUUAGAUGGUUGAAUAUGCCUUAAAAAAAUUGUUAUGUCUUAUUUAAGAAUGUUAUUUAAGGAUUUUGGUUUUUGUA